AUGAGUGCCGGCGAGUUAGCAUGCAUCUACUCCAUCUUGAUGCUCCACAAUGACAGAAUCGCAAUCAACAAUAAGAGCAUUGACAAUCUCGUUUUGAACGCUGGCGCUGCCGGUGGUGCCGCUGUUGCCGUAUCUGCUCCUGCCGCUGCUGCUGCUGGGGGGGGUUAUGCAGUUCGUAAUCAGCACUGCACAGACUUUAUUAACUGCAUAUUGUAUAUUGAAGAGGCAAAGGAAGAAAGUGACGAUGACAUGGGCUUUAGUUUGUUUGAUUAG